AUGAGCUUAACACGAAGUCGGAAACGACCGCAUCGUACAUAUCGGGGGCACCGCCGACAUUCAUUUGAGGCACAAGACAUCAACGAACUCAUCGAGCUUCGAGCUCGCCAAAGGACGUUUCAUGGGGCAUACAGCAGGACGGCACUGGGAUCUUUGGGAUAUGCACUGACUAUUCUUCGACUUUUCGACUCCGCCUUUCAUCGCAUUGGGCUUCUUUUCGCAAUUCUGGGCGCAGGUCUAUUCGUCCUGGCUUUUCUCAGAUCUAGGCACUCCAACCACGACUUUGCUGACCGUAGCAAAGAGGCCCAUCUUGUCGAUAGGGCAGUCAAGACAGUCGGUCAGGAUGGUCGUAUCUUUGGGCGACCAUUCGUUACGGCGGGGUGGAUUGUAAUUGCCGUGGCAGCUAUAGUCGGAGGAGUCGAAAUUGCCAUGUUUAUCCUAAUCUUAAGGCACAAGACUGGCUAG